AUAAAUUACAUUUUUUAAAAAUAUAUGCAGAUUGGAGGGAUAUUUCACAGCUGUCAGCAUUACUGUUUUUACUGGAUUUUUGAUCAAAUAUUACUGCAUUUACCCAAACGUAGUAUCAAUACACAGUAUUUGCAUAUAUGAAAGACCCUUAAAGUAUCAAUGCCUCAUUUGGGUGACAAGACUACAGAAUCCAUUCACAGAUGUAGACAUUACUCUUCUUUAGAAUUGCUCAUCUCUAAGGAACGCUUUUGUGUCCAGUCACGCCUUCUAUUUGCCAUGACAACCCUAUUUUACAGGCCUGAAGUGGUAAAUACUGAGUUUACCAGUGAGAGAAAGAGACAAAGAGAGAAGAACUACUGUGUAUCACCUGCUAUUCCUCUAAUAAUCAAAUUCUCAGUUUAUGCUUCAAGGCUCUCGAAGAAUACACUUGAAAAUAUGGUCGAUUCAGCCAGCCAGCUAAUACUCUCAAAUGAGAAUGAUCUGUUAGAUCUCUUACAAGAAACCGCUGAGGAACUGAGAGUUUUACAACCAGUAAAAGCAAGAGAAGAAACAGGAUCUAAGCAAUCCUCUAAUGGCCAUAGGGAUUCAGCUGGACUCCACACAAGACUUUUCCAGGUCCUCAAGACGUUUUGUGAGCUUCACAUCCAAAGAGUGUGCGUGCUGAGAGAGGUUCUCUGCGGUACAGCAAACACACUUACUGAGCGUAGGAUGUACUCUAAUUUGGCACAUACACUCCCAACAGCUGAUGUGGACGCUUCCUAUGGAUCCCACUUUUUCCACGACCAUGUGACUGAUGUCAUUCUUAAUGUCCUGGAAGAUGUUCACAUCAUUGUAAACCAGUUCAGUGUAAUGAGUAGGAGGCUCAACACUGGUAUUGCUUUUCUUACUGAAGUCAGCGGGGAGAGAGGUGAUCUUACCAGUAGUGGAUCUCUGGAUACUGCAGACCACAUAAAACCAGAAUCAUGUGACAUCAGUAUUCCGCUGGACCAGCAUCUUGCAGACCACCAUCUUGAAAAUGUACAGUCUACAGGGCUUCCAAAUGGUCCAGUGAAGCGCCAUACUGUGCAUAUGGAUGACAGACAUAUGAAAGAAGGCGGCUCUCUUGAGGAAACUAGAGCAGACUCACUCUAUAAAACUAUGGUGAUUGACUCCAAGGAAUGUCUGGAUGUUAAUAAUAAAGUGGGGGGAGAAAAAAAGGAAAAGGAAAAACAGGAAAGCACAGGAGAAGACGAUAAAAGAUUGAAGUAUACAUUGGUAACUGUUGGACUUGCAGACAGAACCAGACCUUCAGAGUCUCCCAGAGUCUGCUACAUAACCGCCCCAUCAGAAGUUGCAAACGUCUUGAGUUGUGAGGUGGUUGAUGGUCUGAGUUCCCUCAUGGUGUCAGGAUCUGAGGAGUUGGUCAGCUGUGUUCUCCGCAUACAAAACUCCAGCCAUGUGAAAUGUCCCUUUCCACUGACCGUAGCAGUGCCGUUCCAGGCGAGUUACCGUGGGAACUACAGAGAGAUCACUGUGAAAGUGGUGGAUCCGGAACAAAGAGUUAGCUAUGUCACACCUACAUCUACUGAGGGUUUCUAUGGAGGACAAAGGGGUUCGUUUGCAGUGGUGCGGGUGUACUCUUUGGGUGUGUUUGCAGUUCUGUCCCGUUUGAGGACAGAGAGUUUUACAAUUCCUAAGACAGGACUGUCUCUUAAACUCAGUGUGGACUCCAGGAUAUGCCUUGACUACUUACCUGGAUCCUUCGCCGCACCAGUUGUCGCUCAAGUGACGGUACAGCCAGUGGAUGCCUUCAUUUUAUCCUCUUUGAAAUCCAAAAAUGAUUUCUACCAUGCUGCUGUCACCUCAACCCCCUUACUUUACCUAAGCCAUCCAUCAACCCUUAAACUUAGAAGACCUAUGACACUUGUCCUGCCCUGUCCUCCUAUUUCUGACAAGAGGAGAGCUGGAGAAGAGACUGACAGACUUCUAACAGGCACUUUCUCACCCCAGCAGAUCAAGGUUGAUGGUGCCUCAGUAAAGACUCAUAAAGAGUCUAAAGAACAUCUGGCUCUGUUGGGAUGGACAGAGAACCGUUGGAAGAUUCUGGAUAAAGUCAGUGUAAAGAACCUACAGAACAGCUUGGUCUGUUUUGAGCUAACAGAGAGCUAUGAAAGGUACAGUGUGACCAAACCAAGUGAAGUGCAGCCGAAAACUGAAAACAUUGAAAGGAGAAAAAAAAAAAAAAAUUUCUUCUCAACUUCCUCUGUUCUCAGGUUAAUAGUCCUUCGCUUUCAGUCUUCUCUAAAAACUUCCUACAUUAUUUCAUUAGUUGAAGAACUGGAAGAAGCUCUAAAGAUCUUCCCGGUGACUGUUGUGCUCCAUCAUGAGCGUCUGGACCCCAGCAGUGUGGUUUUGGCCACCCUGCCCAGCAGAGAUGUUAGCUGGGCACUGUGUGAACUUCAGACCCUGGGUUACUGUGGCCCUCCAGAGCCUUCGUCUGAACUGUCAAUGAAGGAGGGAGAACAGCUGAUGCUCAAGUUCAGUGGGAAUAUAACCUGCAACGGCAAUGAACAGACAGAUUCACACAUAAUCACAUUCCACAACCAAAGAAGGCACUGGCUGUAUUUGGAAUUAAAAGAAGUGGACCCCUUUGGCAACUACAUCUCUCUUCACUACAAAGGUGUAAUCAGUUUAUUCAAGGUCGCCAAAGAUCAGCUGGUCUGGAAUGGUGACAGGGCGGCCGUGUCUAUAGACUGUCCUUUGGGAGAGCCUGUCUGUCGGCUGCCGCUCACUCUGCCCAAGAGUCCAAGAAAAGUCUUUCAACCUGUGAGUGUGAAGGUAAUACAGCACAACCAAACAGAGCCUCUCUCAGAUGAGCUGUUAUCAUGGCUCUGUGAUGAGCUCACCGAGGAUGAUGCAGCGCUUCUCAUUACAUCUCUCCAUCUCCGACGCUCAGCUGUCCAGAUCGCUCGACUCCGUGCACCACACAGCCUCUCACAACAGUCCUUUCAUGUUCUAACAGCGUGGAGGCGGGGCCUCCCUUCCUCAACUCUGAAAUGCCCCAUGCUGGCCCGCUGCUUGACCCGCGUGGGAAGGCCUGACCUUGCCAGAGAGCUUCUGCUCAGGGAAGCUGCAAAUGACAAAAUGGAGGAGAAAAAAACAGGAGAAACAUCAAAACCAUGUGUUGUUUGACAUUAAAGGAACCAUAUAUUUGGUGAAAUGUUAAUGCAGCAGUUUCCAACCACGUU